CCUUCAGUACUGCCUCGGACCUAUCGUCCGUCUACCUCCUCUUCAUUCACCGACGUUUGCACCCUUCCUCCUAUAUAUUCCCUUGCGCAAGUUUCCUUUUUGCUUUCUCCCUCUCUCUGUGAGCCCAGAAGGCAUGAGGCUCCUUCGACCAUGGCUAUCAAUCUGUUCCUCCACCAGCUGUACCACCACUGCAGAAGACUCCAAAAUUCCAUUCCCCAAAAACCGAACACCAUCCUCGAAUCUCUUAGCUUCGGAUACGAGCUCCUCCUCCUCCGAGAUUCCUAGUAGCGCCGCUUCAUCAUCAAACUCUAGCACCUCCACCAGCACCCUCCAAAGUCAUCUCUCCCUCCAAACACUUCCCUCUGUCCCUUCCCUCCAGAAAAUCUCCCCUGAAAGCCUAAGCACCUCCGUUUCUUACCUUUCCGUCGCCUCCAUUAAACCCCGUCCAUCCCUCCCUAUUACCUGCCUCGCCGUCCAUGGUAAUCUCCUCUAUGCCUGCUCCUCCCACGAAAUCAACGUCUACGACAGCACCACCUCCGCGCACCUCGAUGCAUUCAAUGGUCAGGAUCCCUCCUCCGGCUCCGUCAAGGCAGUUACUUUCUGCGACGGAAAAGUCUUCACUACUCACCAGGACUGUAAGAUCCGAGUCUGGCAGGCGCCGGCCACCAAAUCACACAAGCUGUUAGCUACUCUCCCCACCUUUAAUGACCGCUUAAGACGUUCCGUACUUCCUAAGAACUACGUCACCGUUCGUCGUCACAUGAAACGGCUCUGGAUCGAGCACACCGACGCCGUCACGGGCGUCGCCGUUAACAAUGGUUUGAUCUAUUCGGUCUCGUGGGACAAGAGCUUGAAGAUAUGGCGGGCUUCUGAUCUCCGUUGCGUAGAGUCCGUUAAAGCUCACGAAGACGCCGUCAACGCCGUGGCAGUAUCCGUCGACGGAAGCGUUUAUACGGGAUCAGCUGACAGGAGGAUCCGGGUUUGGGCCAAACCAUUUGGAGAGAAGCGGCACGCAUUGAUAGCGACGCUGGAGAAGCACAAAUCGGCGGUGAAUGCGUUGGCUUUAAACGGCGACGGAUUGGUGCUGUUUUCUGGUGCGUGCGACCGUUCGAUAUUGGUGUGGGAGAGAGAGGACAGCGCGAACCACAUGGUGGUGACGGGGGCAUUGAGAGGGCACGGCAAGGCAAUACUGUGCCUAAUCAACGUCUCUGAUACGUUGUUCAGUGGGUCUGCUGAUCGUACGGUCAGGAUGUGGCAACGCGGGAUUGAUGGGAGGUAUUGUUGUUUGGCUGUUUUGGAGGGACUUGAGAAGCCAGUGAAGUCUCUGGCUGCGAUUUCAGAAGGAAAGUCAAACAGUGUCAUAUCUGUGUUCGGUGGCAGUCUUGAUGGGGAGAUUAAAGUGUGGCAGGUCUCGGUUUCAAAUGUUAGCAGUCCAAUAUCAUGAUGUUAGCAGUCCAAUAUAAUAUCAUGAUGUUAGCAGUCCAAUGUCAUGAGAUUUUAAGAAGAAGUUAGAAAUUAAGAGUGAUUUGAAUUUUGAUUUGUAUAUAUUGUGCAAUUAUAGUUAUAAAAAUUAUAUAUAUCUAGAUAUAUACACACAAUUGAAGUGGCUCACUCGAUCGGUUUGGAUAUUGAUCAAUAUCAGGGUUCAUUCA